UGGGGUCUCUUCCCCGGCUCGACGCUGACGUCAGAGCCACGUGACGCCCCCUGUCGGAUAAAUGGCGAUUGACAGCCGAUUGAGGAGCAGAAGGGCUUUCCGCAAUCCUCCGCUACUCGAGCAAGUUAACAAACAAAAACUUUGCACUCUGCCUCAUUCGGCUAGCAGGCCAUACACCAGCCUUAUGCAUAAGUGUGGAGCAGGGUCCGGCCAAACAGCGGCGAGAUCAAAGCAAAGGAAAACGAGCCAGACCCCAACUGCCUCGAUCUGCAAAGUGCUCGAUGAGAAAUAAAAGAGGAGGGGGACUUCUUGGAAAGGACUGCUGGCGACUUGUUCGGCUUUGAGCCAUUCGGAGCCACUCCACUAGGGGGUCUGGAGACUGGAGAUUUGCUUUGAAGAAACUGGGCCGAUCACUUCCACAAUGACUCUGGGUGCCGAUAUGUCUGAUCAUUCUCUGCUCUCUGAGGAUACGGAUAUUGAUGUGGUCGGUGAUAUGAACGGCAAAGAGAGCAAAUACGGCAGUUUUCACUCGGACAAUGAUUCCGAUGAUAACUUGAGCAGAAACGUUUCUGAGAAUGUGGAGUCUCCGGAGUUGUCCGGGCGAUCUGACCCCAGUCCGACGCGGGCAAGUGACAAGCCGUGUAAAAGUACCCUGGUGAAGCCUCCUUAUUCUUACAUCGCCCUGAUUACCAUGGCCAUACUCCAGAGCCCGAAAAAGAGACUGACCCUGAGUGAGAUCUGUGAGUUUAUCAGCAAUCGCUUCCCUUAUUACAGAGAAAAGUUUCCUGCUUGGCAGAACUCCAUCCGACACAAUUUGUCCCUGAACGACUGCUUCGUGAAAAUCCCCCGGGAGCCCGGGAACCCUGGCAAGGGCAACUACUGGACCCUGGACCCCGAUUCCGCAGACAUGUUUGACAACGGCAGCUUUCUCCGUAGGAGGAAACGGUUCAAAAGGCAACAACCGUCCGAGAUCUUGAGGGAUCACAGCAGUUUCCUGCCAAAUUUCGGAUAUGGACCUUAUGGCUGCGGCUAUGGCAUACAGUUGCAGAAUUUCCAUCACCCCCAUCACCACGCCAGCCCCAGCACUUUCCCAUUCCAGUCCCCACAUUGCGCAGUGCCAUCUCCAGCCUCAAUGUUUCCGACUCCAGCCAUCCCCUCGCUUUUGCAUGGCAGCGACCUAACCAGGAAAUCGUUCUACCCACAGUUGAGUCCCACUCUACCCAAUCUGCAAGGAUUGAAAGCUGACCCGAGCCAGUCCAGGCCUUCCUUCUCCAUAGACAAUAUCAUAGGGGCUGCUCCCUCAAAUGCCCCCGGGUCGCCCUAUUCAGGCCCAGCUGGAAGCCAAGCACAGGUAUUGGCAAUGUUAACCCCGGCACUGACUCAGGCCCAGACCCCACUGAACUUAACGCACGAAAAUGUUCUACAGACUGGACAGAACUUUUCAAGCAAACUCACAAAUCUUAACACCUGUCACUAUUAAUUUUUUCGUCCCACGGCAGGUAGGAAUUAUGCAUUUUUGAAUAUUUGGAACCACGCAAAUAUUUCUGGGAAAAAAGACAAAAUAUAUUUAUCAUGUGUAUAUAUGUAAAAUACAAAGUAUGUGUGGGGAAUACUGAAUUCUUAAUGCCAUACUUUAUAGUGUUCUCUGUACUGAAUGUUAAAAGUCUUUUCAACAUGUUGAUCCAAUAUACUGUUCAAACACUGUUGAAAGACGGUUAGGGAUCCUCAGGAUUAUUAAACUUUUUUUAUUAUGUAAACUGAGUAAUUUACGGACGAAUUUGUCGAAAGGAGAAUUAAUAAAUGAAUCUUUUAACAUUUCAGUUAUCAUUACGGUUUAGUCCCUAACUAUCAAUUUUGUUUUUUGUAAUUAUUUGUACAUAGACAUAGGAAAGAUGUGCAGCUCACGCACUUCACGCCUGCUGUCCCAUUGGUUGUGCAUCGAUCUAUUUUAUGAGGGAUGUCUGUGAAUAAUAGUACUGUUUGUUUCAAAAUGUCCA